AUGCCUGCAACUCAAGCCAAGCCAGCAGCCGCCGCCGGAAAGACCUCGGGCAAGCUGCCCACCGUCCCGGAGACGAUUCUGAAGAAGCGCAAGAGGAGGGAGGCGCAGAAGGCCACCCGUCUGCAGUCGGCCAUCAAGUUCCGCAAGACCCGCAAUGCGAAGAAGGCGCUCAUCUUCAAGCGUGCUGAGAAGUACGUAGCGGAGUACCGCUCGAAGGAGCGCGACCAGAUCCGCAUGAAGAAGCAGGCGAAGGAGCACGGCAACUUCUACGUGCCCCCGGAGCACAAGCUCGCCUUUGUCGUCCGCAUUCGAGGUAUCAACGGCGUGCCACCGAAGCCCCGCAAGGUGCUGCAGCUGUUCCGCCUGCGGCAGAUCAACAACGGCGUCUUCGUUAAGCUGAACAAGGCGACGAUCAACAUGCUGCGCAUCGCCGAGCCCUACAUCACCUGGGGCUACCCCUCGCUGAAGAACGUCCGCGACCUGAUCUACAAGCGCGGCUUCGGCAAGGUCGACGGCCAGCGCGUCCCCCUCACCGACAACGCCGUCAUCGAGAAGAAGCUGGGCAAGCGCGGCCUGAUCUGCAUGGAGGACCUCAUUCACGAGAUCUUCACCGUGGGCGCCAACUUCAAGUACGCCAACAACUUCCUCUGGCACUUCAAGCUGAACAACCCCCGCGGCGGCUGGAGAAAGAAGGUGACGCACUACGUGGAGGGCGGCGACUUUGGCAACCGCGAGGACAAGCUGAACGUUCUCCUGAAGAACAUGAUCUAA